AUGGCAGGCCGGAAGAGCCCCUUCAACCAGGAAGUAUGCCAGGUUCUGCGUUUGCGCAACGCCGGUCAGGAGUCGGUUGUCUUCAAGGUCAAAACCACUGCCCCCAAGCACUACUGUGUGCGCCCUAACUCCGGCCGUAUCGAGCCUGGCCGGGCCGUCGAGGUCCAAGUCUUGUUGCAGGCUCUGAAGGAUGAGCCCGCCACAGAUGCGAAGUGCAAGGACAAGUUCCUGGUCCAGUCUGUGGCUGUUACGCCUGACAUGGAACACGCCAAUGUGACCUCAAUUUUUGAAAAAUCCCCCAAGUCCGCCGUGGUAGAGCGCAAGAUUCGUGUGACCUGGCUCGCUGCGGAUGCUACUCUGCCGGAAUCAAAGGGUCCUGGACGAAGAGCCUCCUGCUUACAACUCCCCUGGUGGAAACUUCGAAACCCCUGCUCCUGCCACCAAGAAGACCGAGCAACUGUCCCCGUUCCCGCUCCCGAUUUCUCCGAGAAGCCCAAGUCCGAGUCUCCCCAGCCCUCCGAACCUGCCACUACAUUUUCGAACGCCAAGGCUGCCGUGGCCAGCGUACUUCCUUCGAGCGAUGAAUUGAAGGCGCAGCUUGCAGAUGCCAAUGCGCAGAUCCAACGGCUGAAGGACCGACUGGCGGACCAGGGUCUGCGACAACGCAAGACAGGUGGCGAUGCCAAGGCAGCUCCAGCGGCCAUGCAACAAUCGCACCAACAAACCGAGUCCGGCGUACCGGUGCAGAUGGUUGCUGGGCUUUGCCUAAUCAGCUUCCUGAUCGCCUACUUCUUCUUUUAA